ACGUGGAACCAUCAUGGACGUUUGAUUUUGUGUCUGCAAAUAAUUUGGCUGAACAAUUACACACUUCUGUUCUUUUUGUUUUUCCGCUUUGCUCGUUGAAAGAGUAGAAGUGCUAAAAAUGCUUCGCGGCUAAACCUGCUGUUUUUCCGGUUGGCACGAGGGCAGCUCCGCGUGUGUUUGUGAAUGAACCAUGUUCGUGCUGGUGGAGAUGGUCGACACUGUUCGGAUUCCUCCGUGGAACUUCGAUAGGCAGUUGAAUGAGGCCAUGGCGGAGGAGCUGAACAAGAAACUGGCCAACAAGGUUGUCUACAACGUGGGCCUCUGUAUUUGCCUGUAUGACAUCACCAAACUGGAGGACUCCUAUAUAUUCCCAGGAGAUGGUGCCUCGCACACUAAAGUUCAUUUCAGGUAUGUUGUUUUUCACCCGUUCCUUGAUGAGAUCCUCACUGGAAAGAUCAAGUACUGCAGUCAGGAGGGAGUUCACGUGACCAUGGGCUUCUUUGAUGAUAUUCUCAUCCCUCCUGAGUCUCUCCAGCAGCCUGCAAAGUUUGAUGAAGCGGAGCAGGUCUGGGUCUGGGAGUACGAGACGGAUGAGGGAGGGCACGACCUCUACAUGGACCAAGGGGAGGAGAUCCGCUUCCGGGUGGCGGAUCAAGUUUUCGUGGACACGUCACCAACAGGCCCUGCUGUAGCUGCGUCUGACGCGCCGGCACAAGCGGGGCAGGCAACGGCGCCGCCAGCAGAGGCCAGCGAGGGGAAGAAGGAGGCACCGUACACUCUGAUUGGGACCAUCUGUGAGUCUGGCCUGGGCCUGCUGUCAUGGUGGAACAGCUAGCACUACACAGGAAGACGGGAGUGUGUGUGUGUGUGUGUGUGUGUGUGUGUGUGUGUGUGUGUGUGUGUGUGUGUGUGUGUGUGUGUGUGUGUGUGUGUGUGUGUGUGUGUGUGUGUGUGU